AUGGUACAGCAUCUGGUUUCCAUCGAUACCCCUAAUAACCAGUGCGCUGAAAGUGAGGAGCUCUCUCCUGAUCUUGAAACUGAGAAGUCAGGUCGAUGCGUUAUUGAGGGGAUCCUUUCAGACGACCAGCUUAAGAGGCUGGCUAAUCGCUACAACAUGGACGCCGAUGCAGACCUCCGAUUCUCUGUUCUGUAG